AUGUCCAAACUGAAGGUCCUCGUGGUCGGCGCGUCCGUUGCAGGUCCGACGGCGGAAUACUGGCUGGCCAAAGCCGGCGCAAGUGUCACCGUCAUCGAGCGCUUCCCCGAACUCCGGCGCGGUGGACAGAACAUCGACAUCCGCACCUUUGGCGUCACGGUAAUGCGGAGGAUGCCGGGCAUGGAAGCCGCCGUGCGGGCCAAAACCACGCAACUCGAAGGCCUCAGCUUCGUGCGCCCCGACGGUCGACCGUACGGGAUCAUCAGGCCCACUGGAAACCCAGACGAGCAGUCGCUCGUGUCAGAGUACGAGAUCUUCCGCGACGAUCUGACAAAGAUCCUCUUCGACCUGACCAAGGACAAUGAGAACAUCAAGUACGUCUUCGGCGAGCAAGUGGCCUCGAUACAGCAACAUGAAAAGGGCGAGGAGGACGACGUCGGGUCUUCUGGGCCUGUCACGGUCGAAUUCACAAACGGCUUGCCGACUUCCCAAUACGAUCUUGUCGUUGCCUGUGACGGCGCCACCUCACGGACUCGAGCGAUUGGUCUGGGAUGUGGCGUGCGAGACCAUAUCCACCCGACCAAUUGCUGGGGGGCGCAGUUCUCCUUACAAAAGGACCUUCUCGAAGGAAGCUACGUCGGAAAAGCACACAGCGCUCCUGGAGGUCUCUUCGUCGCCAUCGGACCCGAUCCCUGGAGCGACGGCGGCAAUCGAGGCACGCUGAUGGCCAUCAACCCGCGACCUGACAAGCGCGACAAGCGCGACAACGACGUGACUCUACAACCAUUCCGCGAGGCACAAAAGCAAGGAGACGACGCGCUCAAACGGUAUGUCGCCCGCCACUUCCGGGGCGCAGCGGGCUGGAAAACGGACGAGAUCCUCCAGGAGAUGAUGAGGGCGCCCGACUUUUACGCCAGCGAGGUCGUGCAGGUGAAGACUGCGACAUUGUCCAAGGGCCGUUUCGUCAUGGUCGGGGAUGCAGGCUACGCGCCGGGCUUCACGGGUGGCGGGACGACGCUCGCCAUGACCGGCGCGUAUGUUUUGGCGGGCGAGAUGUGUAAACACCGGGGUGAUCUUGCAGCAGGACUAGAGGGCUACGAAGAGCGAAUGAGGCCCAUCAUCACCGAUCUGCGGAAGGUGCCGCCCCUUGUCCCCACGGCCAUGGCGCCGCAGACGGCUUGGGGGUUGUGGCUGCGCAACCAUAUCUUCGCUUUCAUUGCUUGGUCGAGACUUCUGGAGUUUGCGCAGAAAUACUUUGCGAGUGCGUUUGCUAGCAGGGAUGAGAGCGCCCUCCCAGAUUAUGAAUGGGUUGCUUGACCCCUGCAUGGAUGUAUCUAACAGCGCGCCGCAGAGGUCAAGUACCUGCGUAUCUUUCGGUCAUCGUUGGUGCUGGCCUGAAGAUGGAGGACCUGCGCGUGG